AUGCUAAGUCCCAAGGAGCAAAAGGAGGAGCGUUCCACAUCAGCCUUCGCCUCUUUGGCGAAUGCGGCGAGCUCCUUCCUUCCCAACUUCUCGUCAGGAGACGACGCUGAGCAGAAGGAGCAGUCCAGCCGAAGGAAUAGCAGAAACGAGGAGACGGUGGCUUCCCCCCGCUCCAACGGACAGACGCGCCCUUUGUCGGGGUCGACCGAAGCGGAAGUCACCGCGUCACCGGCCGUCACCUUGCCUUUGCCGCCUAAUGCUUCGGCCCAUGGCAGUCCGUUGGGUGCCGGACGCCCGGACAGCUCAGAUGGCGAGGUCAGUCCCACUCAGGGCAAGUCUGCCCCGACGCCUCAAGCUGGAGCACGUGAAGGAGAGCGAGGCUAUGAACCGGCAGGUGCAGGGCCGACCUUCGCGGAUCAGCUGGCCGGGGCCACGCAGCGGGCUCCACAGAGGUUGGCCGAACGGCUACUUGAACAGCUCAAGCACGAUUGUUUGGAGGAGGCGUCCAAGGGCCAAAGCAGCUACACUUGGGACAUGCAGCUCCCUUCGAACAGCCGUUCCUUUAUGCAUCAGGUAGCGCGUUCCUUUGCUUCUCGAGUGGAAGCCUUAGGCUUUGAACAAGUGGAGUGGUGGAACGGACGUGAAUGGAGCAAGCAGAGCCGUCAGUACCACAUCAUUCACGACCCGGUCUACGAAAAGUACCAUAUGAAGAUCCGUGUGAGGUGGUUAGACAGGCCUCGGGCGACCGAAGCGGAGGAGGCUGCCAGGCGCCCCCCAUCCACUUCAGUCAGCGAUAGUGUUGUGGAGCAGUUCAAGCAGUUGUUGGACUUGCAAAGGCAAUUCAUGGAACAUCAACUGGCGCAG